AUGAAUGCAAACGGCUUGGUGGACCCUGGUUUCUCGGGGACUGCUUUCACCUGGACUAAUAACAAGGAUGCCGGAAGUCGGAUUUACUCGCGUCUAGACCGGUUUUUGAUCAGCUCAUCCAUCCUGGAUGAAUUUCAGGGACUGAAGGUUAAGCAUCUCUCUCGGCUUACUUCUGACCAUUGUCCCAUUCUCUGCUCUGUUCAGGCGGGCGCGAAGAGGAAUUAUUCCUCUUGGAUCUGGUUUGAGGAUGUUUGGGCCAGCUUUCCGAAGGCGUGGCAAUUGGUUUCGGAGAAGUGGAAGGUACAGGAUUCUAGCUCGGAAGCGAAGAUCCUGCAGAGAAAGUGCCAGAGAACUUUGAAGGCGUUAUUCUUUUGGAGUAGAAACAAAAUCAAAAUGUUGAACCAGCUAAAGGAUGAUCUUGACCGUGAGAUAAGCACUAUGCAGGAAAUUGAUUGCUAUCCGUCUGGCCUCUCGGAGGCUCAAUCUGAAUCUCUCAGGUAUAAAGUCCAACUGUUGAAGGCUACCCUGACCAGGUUAACGACUUGGUGGGGGCAACGUGCGAAGGUUCGGUGGAUUGAAGAGGGAGAUGGGAACACACGGUUUUUUCACAACAUGGCGUCGGCGAGAAGAAGAACCAAUCUCAUUGAUCAGCUCAAGCACCCGGACGGGAGGUUGGUUACGAUCAGUCUGAGAUUAUUAGAAUGGUGGAGGAUUUUUUCCAGAGCAAAUGGGAGCAUACCGAGAUUGUUGACUACGGGUGGCCCUCUCUUGAUCUGCACUUCGCCAAUAUGCAGCGGCUGGGUAUAUCUCUGGACUGUGAGAUCACCCGUGAGGAAAUUUGGCUUGCGGUGA